CAGCUGCGGCCGGUCUCUCGGCACUGCUCGCCGCGCGCCCGGGCAACCCUGGGCCGGCAGCUGCUCUGCAAAGUGGCGGAGCGAAAGGAGGCGGAGCGCCGGCCAAGUGCACGGGCUAGUCUGGGAGAGUGAGAGAGGUGUGCCCGGGCAAGCCUGGGUCCCGGCGCUCUCCUGGCUCGCGUGGGGCGGCGGGGAAGCGAGUGGACGCUCCGGAAAGAAAAAUCAAAUUGCAGCCGCCCCUGAGACGCCAAGUUCGCGAGUGCGCACACAUCCGCGCCGCGCCGCAGAGCCCGCCCGGGGCCGGCCGCCGUCCGAGCGGCAACGGGGCCACUGGGUGCCGAGUUCGGCCGGGAGGGAGCCCCGGAACGGAGAGGGGACGUGCAGGGUCCAGACGGCCUGCCCCCCCACUCCCAAGCCCGACUUGGGCGCCCCUUGCGUCCCGCCGUGGGAGCGAUGCCCCCCGCCCCUCGCGCUCGCCGGCAACAACGACGCGAGCAUGGAGAAGUCGAGUAGCGAGGAUUCUUCCAUUCACCGGAGCCCGUCUUUAGACAGCAAGGACUCGGACUUUGCUAAGCCGUCCACUUCGGGCCGCCCGUUCGGCCGCGGCUUCACGGCCGGCGCCUUCUACGGCACGGCGGGCUCCCGGGGCCAGAGCCGCGCCGAGGCCGGCGUGAAGACCGACAAGUACGAUGCUCCCAAAGGCAGCAAAUACGUGGUGUUUUACCUGGACCUGUCCUUUGUGUUCCUUCUAGAAUUUAAGAAGUGCAACAUGGCCAGGGGCUGCCUGUGCUGCCUGAAGUACAUGAUGUUCCUCUUCAAUCUCAUCUUCUGGCUGUGUGGCUGUGGACUGCUUGGAGUGGGCAUCUGGUUAUCCGUAUCCCAGGGCAACUUCGCCACCUUCUCCCCCAGCUUCCCCUCACUGUCUGCUGCCAACCUGGUCAUUGCCAUGGGCACCAUCAUCAUGAUCACGGGCUUCUUGGGCUGCUUGGGAGCCAUCAAGGAAAACAAGUGCCUCCUCCUCAGUUUCUUCAUUGUCCUGCUGGCCAUCCUCCUGGCAGAGCUGAUCUUACUCAUCCUCUUCUUCGUCUACAUGGACAAGGUGAAUGAGAAUGCCAAGAAUGACCUGAAGGAGGGCCUGCUGCUGUACAACACUGAGAACAACGUGGGGCUCAAGAACGCCUGGAACAUCAUCCAGGCCGAGAUGCGGUGCUGUGGAGUCACUGGCCACACUGACUGGUUCCCGGUGCUGGGCGAGAACACAGUGCCUGACCGCUGCUGCAUGGAGAACUCCCAGGGCUGCGGGCGCAACGCCACCACUCCCUUGUGGACGACGGGCUGCUACGAGAAGGUGAAGAUGUGGUUUGAUGAUAACAAGCACGUGCUGGGCACCGUGGGCAUGUGCAUUCUCAUCAUUCAGAUUCUGGGCAUGGCCUUCUCCAUGACCCUCUUCCAGCAUAUCCACCGGACGGGUAAAAAGUAUGACGCGUGAGCCAGCUCGCCGGGGACCUGGGCACUGCUGGGGAAGAGAAGCUGUGGGCUUCGUGUUGCCGGCCCCCCUGCUCUCCAGACUGCAACCCCCACCCCUAGCCCCAGACUGCCCUGCCUCACACUCCCCACCCACCCCGCCUCAGACUGAGCCAAGGCGAUGGGGUGUAGGGCCCAGGAGGCGGCCGGCACAGGCACAGAGACCUUAGCCGCUGGGCCCUGGAUUCCUGCACCCACGCCUGCCCCUGUGUAUUUGCCAAAGACAGCAGGGUGGGUGGGCUGGGGACGGGCUCGGGGAGGAAGCCCCCUGCCCUUUCCCACACUGACACUUGGUCCCCGCCUCAAUGGGGGAGAAUGUCCCCACACCCAGUGGAGGCCAUUGCCGCUGCCAUCUGCCCACCCUUGGCCACCUGUGGGAGAGCCGGUAGAGGCAGCCUGCCUGCCUGGGCUUUUUAUACCUUACAGUGUAAUUUUUUUAAUUUUUAUUUUACUCCGAUGAUGGUCAUUCAGGAAUAUUAUCCCGCAGAUAAGCGUA